AUCCACGGCAUCGAGAUGGAUAAUAAGCGCCGUGUCAAGGACCAUGAAGCAUCACCGUCCAGACUUUGGCCUAUUUUACAACGUCGUAGGAUAGAAAAACUCAGGGAGCAACGCCAGGAAGAGUUUGUGCGUGCCUGUAGUGACAACUUUGACUGGCUCGAAAACUAUUAUCAAGGAUGUGUCUAUGCCGCACGCCAAAACAAAAAUCAUUUCAAACGAAGGCACUAUCACCAUUUGUCAACAAUUGAGCAUCACGAUGAUGGAUCAGACCCCGUUCAACAUCAGACACCACCACAGCAACAACUAUACACUCCUCGUAUUAGCUCCACCAAGAUUGCAGACGAAAGUCUCACAUUUGAUGAUUACAACCAAUCUCAUACUCUCGAUCAGGAAACACAACUGGAAGAGAUCAGUACAUCAAGGAACCUGUCUAUCACAGAGAAAUUGAAGGUUAUUGCAGGAUAUGAAUGGCUACAGAAGUCUCACGAUGACCUUAAUGACACUGAACACCACGGCCACUUAGAAGCAGGCUCCGCUAAGUUUGACCUGCAUCGUCCACCCACUCCCAGCUCACACAUGCGUAUACUCAGCCCACGGUCCCCAUAUGAGCGACAUCGUAUAACGAAACGCACACGACUGCGGGUAGAUGCUUCAGCUGCAACGAGGAAGACUUUUCGAGCAUUGAAGGCGCUUCGAAAGAGGGCUAGUAGCUAUCUUGACGACCCUCCUCAGCAUUGGGCCAAAGUCGGUGAUUUAGACCACAGUGUUGCACCAACGUACAAUAAUCAUUCAGAACAGUUAAAUGACGUACAUUCGUCCGACCUCUCUGCUAAGUACUCUUCGGAUUCCAGUCAAACACGACCGAAGUCACUAUCACCUGAGCCUAUCAUCCAUGUUUCAGGUACAGAUCACAAACUACCAACGCGGCCUGAGUCGCCGGCAGUACAGGUACAUCACCACUCUGAAGGUACUGAGCAAGGUGAUAAUCAUGCACAUAGCAGCCAUGCAACACCGGGCCUGAAAGCCAGGGAUUCGAUGACUCUUCUAUCGCCUUCUCUGAAGCCUCGGGAGCAACAUCGUGGUUCUUCUUUUCAGUUGACACCAAAACUUGCUCGUAGCGUGUCAGGUAGCAAGCGAAGUGAACGUGAGGAUGAUCUGGAUCAAGUAGAUAGGACUUUUAUGGAGACCUCCAAAAAGCCACGCUCUUCCUUUCAAGACUCUGAGGCUCCUGUGCGCUUCGGUUGGCCGGUUGAAGAACCAGAGUUAACCAGUCGUCUCUCCCUCAGCAUAAACCAGCACCAAAGCAAGAAUAUACAGGAAAAGGGUAAAAGCCAAGGGCUGUCAAAUAGUGAACAGAGCUCUGAGACUCUAGGAGGCGUUGAAUCCGGAAAGCCUAUCCUGUUUUCGAAAUUUUACUCGACAACAGAUAGCACAGAUGUUCAUUCCAGCACCCCAUACUCUUUGAUACAUUCAACAACACCGGAAUCUUCUCCGCUAGCAUCGUACCGCAACGCGCAAUCAAGUGUAAAUAAGAAGUCUAUGGAUCAUAAUGAUAUCGCUGAAGUGGACAUAGAAAAAGAUAAAACAGCCAAAAGGACUGGCGAUUCAGGGCUGAAGGAUACUAGUAUGGAAGUGGAUACAGUUGAAGCUACUGCGGCAUAUCAUGCAGAAAAAACUGGUCACGAAAGGGCGUUAAUAUCAUCACAUCAGCCAAUUGGCGAAGAAGACAUUCGGGAGAGAGUAAUGAGUCGAUUAAAAAUGGCUGCAGUUACGACAGCACAGCACCCAGGAGAUAUGCAUGAAGAUGGCUCCAUGCCCCGUGAGACCUUUGGAAAGAAAGUUUCUUUAGGAGAUUCCAUAAAGCAUCAAAAAGAUCAGCAGUCUACGACCUUAAACCGUACUGAGAGUAGUACUACAUAUCUUACGUCCGAAAACUUGACUGUAAGGCCAAAAGUGGCAACAGCGCUACCUGAAAAACGCAUCGUCGGUCAACGAAAGCCUCUAACUCAGACGAAUAAUCCGCUUGUCCUCACACCCGGGUCACAGAUGCCACCUUCACGAUUGCAGAAAAUGGUCCAAGCUCUCCCACUCACAACCUCUUUAAGCCAUACUCUUGGAUCAUUAAUGGAUAGUCAGCCACAUGAUCCAGCAGUGAAUUCAUCUAGUAAAACCGGUAAAGCACCGCUUUCGAGACUAUCCAAAGAUUCUUCUACAUUACAAGUAGGUGCCAAGUCAAUAUCAAACACAUCGUCCUCAGUUUCGAACCAAGCACGCCAGGGAGUCUCUCGUGUUACUCAACAGCCGAUGAAGGCGACUGAAAGUGGCCUGGCUCGUUCGGACGGCUUAGGAUCUGUUUCUCGCAAACCACUUGUGGGGCUAAAACCACUGUUUACUCUGAAGAAACCAACUCGACCAGUACUUCCUCAUAGCAUGUCGACUACAAAAUCCAUAGCAUUAUCAGGGACGUUGUCCGGAACAUCCAAGGCAAAGCCUACAGCACCAUCAAAAAUAGAUGAUAGACGUGAUGUUAAUUCGAUUCAAGUUCAACAUAAUGGAUCCAACUCGGGAGAAACCAAAAAAGCUUCCACAGGAUCUCUUAUGCAGCCUCUAUCUUCUAUAGUACCUGCAUCUCUGUCAGUUGUGCCAAAGUAUAAGGAUUUCUCAAUUCAAGGAUUAAGUGCUUUAGGUGGUCAGUCAAGUUCGAAUAACAAUUGUAUCAACUCACUUGAUACACCAGCAUCAGUAUCAUCUGUUGCUAAUCCUAUUUUGCCUGCAUGGGUCGGAAGUCAUGAUUACAAUGAUGCACAUCAUCAUGAAAAGACGAUAUUGCCUGAAAUCGACUACAAGGAUGAUGAUCCAGAGAAUGAAGACUCUUUUUCGAGGCAAGCAGGGAUACCUGCGUGGGGCACAUAUGAAGAAUUGGAGAAGUCUAUGCAAGAGCAGAGCCGUAUGAACCCACAAGAUAUCUUCGGGCCUCUGCCUGUACUUGAUAUGGCAGAAAUGUUCCCUGGAUAUCCAGGGAAAGAAGAUCCAAAGCCAAGGAAUAGUUCGAUCCAUUGGGGCACAGGCGACCGAUUAACGCAACAGGAAAUAACAAGAUAUAACGAGGAAAUGGGCUGGACCUCAAAUGCCUGACAAUAUUAAAGUAUUUAUAUGUGUAUACGCUUUUGUACUAUGUAGUAAGAUAUCCCCAUGUAGUUUUAUUCUAAAGUAAUAUAGC